GCAAGUAAACAGACAUACAGAAUAUGUUCACUUGCUGAAUGCUACAACUCCAAUGCUGGUAUCCUGGGAAAACAAGAAGGUGACCAGGUAAGCAAAAUGUUUACAAAACGGGUAUGUCGGUCUCUACUGUGGUUCCAUGGCCACAAACGUGUACCAGAAAUUCUGUGGCAGUUCUGCAGUAACAAUACAAGCAGUCAGCUUCUGGAGGAUAUCCUAGCCAAUCCCGGACCAGAAUCAAAGUUGCCUGCUGCAAUGCAUCAAGAAUUCAAAGACAUGGACCCAGAAAUGCAAGAAAUGUUUAAGAAAGUUGUCCAGUGUGAAUACAAAGUUCAAAGGAUGGAAAAGCUUUACAUGAAUGUUGAUGAGAUGACAGAAGCUAUGUGGACUCAGCUGUACCAUGCUCGGACUUUGAGUGAAAGGAAUUUGCUAAUGCAAAAGUUUCAUGAUGAACUGGAGUCCAAAUAUUAUAUGGAACAAAAAAGAAGACGAAAAGCUGAAGUUAAGAUUAAUAAAAGUCUAAGUCAGAGUGUGGAACCUAAAGUGAGAAAUACAAACGAGAUCCCGAAGGUUGAUGACACAGCUAUCUGUGUAUAUAGAGGUUUCUCCAAUGAAAAACGUUUCUACACACAAAAACAGCUUAAUUCACAAACUUUUGGUCUAGAUUUAGUUAUAGAUUUAAAAGACGUGCAUGAAAUGAAAAAGAAACAGCAGAAAGAUGUUUUAAAGUCCGUGCAUUCAGCCUUGACCAUGAAUUCCAAGGCUCGGAAUCCAUUUCGCAUGUCGUUGUGUAAUUCUGAAUUGACAGAAAUAUCUUUACACGGACCAGGACAUGACCUUUCAAACUUUAUGGUAAACAUUACAGAGAAAAGUUACGUGGAUUUAUUUCCAAGGAAAAGACUGGUUUACUUAUCUCCUAGUGCAAAACCGGAGCGAGUGCAGUUUGAUCCCGAAUUCACCUACAUAAUCGGUGGCCUGCCCAGUAUUGAACAUAGAGAUAUAAGUUUGGCAAGGGCAAAGAAAGAUAACAUUCGAGUCCAGGAGCUUCCCCUCCGAUACUAUUUAAGUCACAUCAACACAAGGUUAUCCAUUCCUGUCAGUGAAGUCCUGCUGAUUAUGCUUGCCUUGCAAGAAAAUGAUGGUAAUUACAGUGAGGCCUUUCGCAGUAUAUUCCGUACACAUAACUUUAGAAACAAGAUCCCAAGUGUCCUAAAAGGAUUUACAAAAUCACAAAAGGAAAAAGGCAUGACAGAUGAGGAAAGCUACAUUGAUAAUCUACUGCAUGGACAUUCGUCGCGUUCCAGAAAUCACACAUUCAACAAUUUCUCAAACAACAGGCGCUUUAGUAGGUGAAUAUACUAGAUAGGGCGACACACAGGUUGUGCUGUAUUCAUUCCACACCAGGCCUGGCGGACAAGGCAAAACAAAUGCAUUCCCUGCGACAUCACACUGGAUAAACUUGCUGGGGUCCGGAUGGGAGAAGAACAGACCAGCGUCGGUCACAGUCUGACCAAGACAAGGAUUGGUUUUCACUCCGCUACCUGUUGGAACAAGAAUGAAAUUAACUAACUGGUAUAAACUAGUGAUGGGAAUCACAACCAAUUUUAUAAUCGAUCAACUCCAUUUCUUGAAAUAUCGAUUAUUGAUCGAUCAUGAACAGAAAGGAAAAUAACUGCUAAAACAUUAACCAAAAUAGGGGGAAAUUUGUGGAUAUGUUUUAACGCAUCUAGCUAUGUUUAAAAUGUUAUUUUAAUGCAUUUUAUUUCAAUUUACCAGUGAUAUUGUUCAUUUAUAAAUUGUUGAAGUCUGCUGUAAAUCUUGAAAAUUUCCAUGUUAUAGUCCAAAUAUGUUCAAUCACAAAAAAUUCAUGAUCGAUUAGUCAUAGAGUUAAAAUAACAAUUCAUCAAUUCAAUUAAUUAAUCGGAAAAACACUUAUGUACAGCAUUUCAAUGUCACAGAGUACACCCUCAGGCCAUUACCAAUACAUCACCCUGGUCAUCAAACCAACUUGAUUUGGUUUGUUGGACAUGAGAUAGAUACAUUCAGACUAGUUUGUUAAUUCUCCGAAAAUAUGGCUCAGACCUUUAAGGAGGACCAACAAACUGUUUCAUGUUGCGUAACUACAAAUGCUGGGUACAGAGGUAAAGAUUAGUACUUUGGUUUGGUUUAUUUUGUUUAACGUCCUAUUAACAGUCAUUUAAGGACCUGCCAGGUUUUGGAGGUGUAGGAAAGCCGGAGUACCCCGAGAAAAACCACCGGCCUACGGUCAGUACCUGGCAACUGCCCCACGUAGGUUUUGAACUCUUGGAGGUGGAGAGGUUAGUGAUUAAAUUUUGGGACACUUAAACCACUCAGCCACCGCAGCCCAAACAUUAGUACUGUUGUACUAACAGUAUUGUACUGUCACUGAUUGGGAACCAGGUACAUCAAGCCCUUGUGAUGCCAUAUAGCUACUCUCUAUGUAUUCAUGAACUAUUUUAUAAGAUUGAAUGAAGAAUAAAAUGGCUGACAGGACGCCAUCUUGAAUUUAAAAAAUGAAAAUGAGAAUGUAUGUUGUUGUUCUUUUUUAUAUGUUUUUACCGGUAAUGUGUUAUAAGUAGCAGUUUAGAGCUCAGUGGUGUAUGUUUAAUUCUGAGACUGAUUGGAAAACAUGUAUUUGUUAUCAGUAUUUUCUGUGGAUCAUUAAAUAUAUUUGUCUUUUUAA